CAUCAAAAUAGUCUUUUUGGCUUCAAUUGAUAUAAAAUAACAUUAUGAGUGAAGAAAAUAACGAAAAUCAAAAGGUCACUAAGCGGGAUAUUACAGAAGAAAAAUGCAAACAGCAUCCGACAGAGAGCGCUAUAUUUCUUUGCAAAAAACACGAGUCCAUGAUUUGUGGCAGAUGCCUUCAUUCAGGACAUCUUCCCUGUGGUAAACUUGUCGUGGAUUUACUGCAUGAAACAGUUACCAUUGAUGUCGAGAAAGUCAAAACGAUGAAGUCAGCUCUAAAUGAGCUUAAUGAUGAAAUUCUGCUUUUGCAUGAUGAAUCAAAAAAUAAGAAAAUAGGCUCUAAGAAUAAUGCUGAAAAAUGUGUGCAAGAAUGCAUGGAAUUAGGAAAUAAAAUUAAACAACGUGUUGAUGAAAUGACAAGUGAUAUAAGAGACGGAAUAACAAAGACACAUGACGAAAACGUAAGAAAACAUGCCCGCAUAGCUGAGACAUGUGAUGGGAAAACCAAAUGGUGUGACAAUGAAAAAAGUAAAAUUGAUGAAUUUGUUGACAAUAAUAUGGCUGGGUACUUGUACCUUAUGUGUAGACAUUUUGAUAAAGAGGUUUCGGACGUUAGAUCCCAUCUUAAAGAAGUAAAGCACAAACAAACGUUUAACGAGUUUUACUUCAAACAAAACAAAGUUGUUUUGAAAUGUGUGUUUGAAGAUUUGGAGGAAGUUUGUGAACUACAAAAAGACACUACAGGGAGCGACGAUGGAAAUGUCAACGGCGUUGUCGUAUCCAACGCAGAUAUAAACAAGACGCGGCGGGAGCUUGCUGCACUGUUUAAUCAGGCCAAACAAGACUUAGAUAACACAGAACUGGCAAGGCAGAAACUGAGUAAUGAGCUGAAACAAGUGAACCAAGAUCUAGCUCAUUCAGAAAAGUCAAGAAAAACAAACGGACAAGAGUUACACAAAGCGAAACAGGACAUAGAGAAAUCAGAACAGACGCGGCGGGAGCUUGCUGCACUGUUUAAUCAGGCCAAACAAGACUUAGAUAACACAGAACUGGCAAGGCAGAAACUGAGUAAUGAGCUGAAACAAGUGAACCAAGAUCUAGCUCAUUCAGAAAAGUCAAGAAAAACGAACGGACAAGAGUUACACAAAGCGAAACAGGACAUAGAGAAAUCAGAACAGAUGCUAUUGGACACUGAGACGGUCUUAACACAGACGAGUGACGAAUUGGGGAGAGUACAAAUGGAAAGAGCAAAAUUACAGAAACAGUUUCUACACAUCCAGCAAUACCUCAACUGGACUCAGCCAACUGGGACAUUUGAGAUCAAGACCGAAACACACCCGUCUAUCGAGAUGGUUUUUACAUUCCCGGAUGGCAUUCAGACGAGGCACCAUCCUUCACACGGUAAACCGUACAAAGGCGGCACAUUCGUAGGAAAUUUGGACGGCGGCAAGGAGGGUAUGGCCUUAUGUAUGAUGUUGAAGGCGGCGUUCAAGGGUGGACAGAUGUUCGCUGUGGGGAUAAACGGGAACGUUGUUCUGAAUGGCAUCUCGCUGUAUAAGGAUCGAACGUGUAAACGUUAUGGGCUGCCAACUCCUUUGGCUUACAUUGAAUACAAAGAGAAGUUGAAAGCGGAACUGGCAGCCAAAGGCAUCACAGAGGCGAACAUAGAUCAGACGGGGACACUAGAAGAGACUUUCACUAUCGAUGGUUUGUCUUCGCUCGAAGCUGAAUUUGGGGUCUUCAAUGAGUUGACAGUGGAUUUAUAUGUCAGACAAUGACAUUACAGUGGCGAAUGAAGAACCUUAAUGUAUAUUGCAAACAGACAUACGUAUAUUGUCCGUGGAACACUGCUUUUGAUAUAUGUCCCAAUGAUCUUGUGCUAGAUCAAAAUAAGCGUGUUGUAUACAAUGUUUUACGUUGUUGUUUUACUUAUACUAAGAACAUAUGUUACAGUCGUUUAUGUCUAUGCCACAUAUAUUAAAUUGUUGUUCAUCAGUGGUGUAUUAAAACGUAUAAAAUCGUAUAUUUUUAGAAUUUUAUAGCUGCACAUGCGUUGUGUAAGUGUGUGUGUGUGUGUGUGUGUGUGUGUGUGUGUGUGUGUGUGUGUGUGUGUGUGUGUGUGUGUGUACUUUUUUAUUUUCAUUUUGAUAUGUAUUGGUGUUAGCAAUCAUUAAUAUAUAUUACAGUCGGAUCGUUCCAUUUAAAGAAUGUGUAAGAGAGGAUUACUGAAAGGUUUCCUGAAAUGAAAUGAAGUAUUGUUUUAACAAUUCUUGAGUGAAAUAAUGAACUAUUGGUCUAAACAUAAGUAAUGAAUUGCGGGUUUUACGUCAUUACCGGGGUAUGAACGCAAUUGGGAUGCUCAAAGUACUUGGACCAGCCUAACUGCGUUCAUACCCCGAAAAUGACAUCAACCUCGCAAUUCAUUCCUUAGAUGGAUUUGUGUUAACAAUAGCCUUAUAUCAACCCACGUAGAAGAUUUAAUUACACACAAACAUAUCGGACAUGUUAAGAUUGUUCUGUUUGGAAUGCUCACAUUGUGAAAAGCUAUUAUCUUUCAAAAAAAGGAUACAAGGAAACUACAGUCCGACAUUAGAAGCUGUCAAUACCUCAACUAAGACCUUGUCCGAAGACACAAUACAUAAAACUAAAAACAUCAUCCACGACAUAAAGAUAGCGCCACAAUACAAUAAAACAGACAUGUUUACAUAAAUAUUUUAAUAUCAAUUCAUGAUGGGGUCACGUCUGGUUAGGGUUCAGUGAAAAAAUAAUUUUAUCUUAGGGUUUAAGCCAAAUUUUGAAACCACACGAUCUCAAACAUAAUGUGUUAGUUUGCUUUUUAACGAUAGUAUUAUAAUGUGGAAGGUCCCAGUUCAAUGCACAUCCAAGUCAUACAUAACGUUUUAACAUCUUUGGUACCAUAAACACCUUUGCCUGGCGCAUGACAUUAAUAUGAUUUUUUUAGGAUAUAUGUUGUCCCGAUUGAAAGGUUGUGCGCACAUUAAAUAGCUUACAACCCCACUCAGCUCGUCUUUCACUGACCGUUAUUUAGUUGUAAAUUUGUCAUGUUUAAAUAAGGCUUUUAAUCCAUAAGUUAUCGAACUGUUAUGUUUGUACGAUAUUUGUACCUCGAUUGAUGUACUUAAGGCCCUAGCCAUUUGCCUGUUUAGUCAGUUGUUUACUAAGUGUUUGACUACUUGGCUUGACCCUCAGUUUGCAUUGUAUCAUCACAAUUUUAUUAAAAGUUAUUUCGUGGUGAGCGCAACCUAAUGUAAUAAAACACCACAAGCAACAUUGUAAAUUUGCUUAGUUACAUGAGAGCUUAGAGCGAAAAUAGUUUAUACCACUCCAUUAUUAUGUUUUCCUUAUUUGUUCCCAGUUUUAGUACAAUGAUGCUUUUUAUUAUGAAACUCUAUGAUCACACAGUUUUAAACCUUUUUAUUUUAUUAGGCAGACUGUGUGUGAUGUUUAUAGUUUCAAACAAUGACUGCAUCGUAUCUUUGAAAGGUUUUGCAUUAGGUGCUCUGAAUUGUAUUCCUCCGUCUGCAGGUAGAGUUGGGAUCUCUAAUCAUAGAAGUACUUGGAGUUUACCUAUACGUAUAUUAUUAUUUGUUUUAUUGAUAAGUUAAUGCAUACUUUGAUAAGAUUGAACUUUUGCGUUUUAUCUUUAUUAAGGUUUUUUGGGAUUAGGGUGAGGUUUGUGCACAUUCACUGGUUUAAACCCCCAGUAAGUUAACAUUUUACUAACCGUUCCAAGGCGGUACCUAACAAUUCGUAAAAAACAUACUUAGUUUUGUAUAUGUAGUAUGUAUGCACUGUGUUGUUUGUGGAAAUUUGUGCUGUUCUUCUAUGUUUCUUGUUUGUGAUUUUAUGUGCAUUGUCUUUGGCCUUUACCCAGUGCCAUUAAACCGGGUUAAUGUUUAAACUGUUUGCUACUGAACUUGUUUCUGAAGCUUUUUGCAUACAUAAUCAGAUAUAUUUGUUUUACAAUAUAUUGUUGAGGUGUAUUAAAAUAUUAUUUGUGAUACUAAUCCAAUACAGUAAUGAAUGUGUAUAUUACUUUUACUACAUACGUUAAUUCUCAAAGUACUAAUCACUUAUACAUUUGGAAUGUUAAACUUAAGAUACAUGAUACCUGUAUUAUCUACGUCAAAUCAUAGUACUGCAAUAGGUGGUAAAGUUAAGAAGUGAAACUAGUAAAUAAUUGCCAAGUAAUUUUUAAAAAAAACGUGACAGAAUAUGUGAAACAAACAAGCAUACUUGUAUGCUGUUUAUUUCGAUAUAAGUCAAUUGGAUAGAGGAUAGAUACUAUGUUGUAUUAUCUUAUCUUACAUACUACACUUUUGUUUCGACAGCGCUGCAAGUAUAUGUUAUUGCAAUCGUAAACUAAUUAUCCUGAUGUUGUGUUCAAUAUAUUGUAAUAAUUUCAUAAUAUAAUCCAUGAAUGUAGUAAUUGCCAUAAUUGGUUUGCAAAAAUGGAUGUGAAUUAUAAAUAUGCUUUGUAUUACUCGAACUCAUAUCUGUAUUCCAUAUCAAAAUAUUAAUCGGAAA